CGCAUUUUUAUACCGCAGCAAGUAAACUGACUACUAAGACGCGGUGCCCGGGGGCAGCAUGUAAUGUAUAAUGAGCCCGUCUAUUCAGCCGUUGGGAGUGUGGUUGUUUGGUGUCGCGGAUGGCGCUUGUUCAGGUUUCCAAGGGUGUUUCGGGACGCCGCAUAGACAUAGGUAAUAUGCAUGGGACAUGAUCAUAGGGGGAAGGGGGUGGUUGGCUUGGCCAGAGCCGGUCGUGGCCGCGUCUCUUGGUGUUCAUCCGUGGUCGGAGUCUACAUUGUCCCCUUCGUCGUCCGAUAGGUCUGGUUCCGGUUCGUUUCCCAGCGCGGGGAGUUCGCGAUCCUUCCAAGCCCUGCCGUUCCUCGUGAACGCCCCCGAUUUCUGUAGGAAUUCCGCUAGCGCGACUAUCCCUUCCUUCGUGCCCAGCAUCUCCGUUAGACCGAAGUUGGCAGAUGUGGCUCGUAUGAUGGGUCGUUGGUCGUCGUAUAUGGGGCACUCGCGUAGGAUAUGUUCCCUCGU